AUUUCUCUCUUCGCAUUCCAUAUCUUCCACGUGCCACCCAAUCUCGGUUCCCUCCGCUAGCUUUACUCAACCCCAGCCGGCAGACACGCACAUUAAAACCAUACAAUUAAUUCCCUUCUCUUUCGCUCCCAAAGCAAUCAAACUAAUGGAGAAUUACAUCCCCAUCCUCUUUCCUUCACCCCAUUCCUCUUCUUCGAACAACACCUAUCUUCUUCAACCUUCGCAUGCAGAUCUCUGCGUUCUUUCAGAGCUGAAGGAGGAUGAAGAGAAGAAGUCAGAGAGCUUCCAUGGAAGCACGGAGCAGGAGAAGAAGGAAACGAAGAAGAAGAAAACUGAAACCAAGUUAGUUAACAAGAUAAGGAAACCUCGGUUUGCUUUCCAGACGAGGAGUAUGGUGGACGUACUGGAUGAUGGCUAUCGAUGGCGUAAGUACGGCCAGAAGGCUGUUAAGAACAACAAAUUUCCAAGGAGCUAUUACAGAUGCACACACAAAGACUGCAGUGUCAAGAAACAAGUUCAGAGACUAUCAAUGGAUCAAGAGAUUGUAGUAACCACUUAUGAAGGAGUGCACACUCAUCCAAUAAUGAAAUCUAAUGACAACUUUGAAACCAUAUUGAACCAAAUGCAGAUUUUCCCAACCUAA